AUGUUUAAGUCCGCACACGAUGCUGCCGCUCAACAUUUGGACCAUCGCACUUCGAGGCGACGUCAACGACCACUUUCUUCUGAACUUUCGCUUUCUGAGCCUAAAAGUAAGCGUCGAAGAAGCGGAUUAAUUAAUCAAACAUCAUUAACUUCCAACCUAACGCCGGAGACGGAAGAGAAGAAUAUUAAGCUAGCUGCUCUGCAAUUCAUAAAGGAUGGUACGGCCCCAAUGAAAGAGCUGACUGUGCGUGGGAAAAGGCCAAAAUCAAGAGACAGGUGUCACAGGGGCGAUGGUAGCACUAUACUUGCCUCGAAUGAUAUAUAUACCGUAUCGAAACUCCCAGCUUUUCCCGAUCGACUGCGUUUGGAGACAGAUAAAAGCAAUCAACAACACGGCUCCAUUGGAUCUACCAUCGGCUAUGCCCUCAUACUGACGUGUACACAUGCAAUAGUUUGGCCCUAUUCUACUAACCUUGCCUCUCCGGAAACAUUCGUAUUCGACUUGAAUAUAUCCUCAAAACAUAACAUUGAUUUUCUACCAAUUGGCACCCUUGUUUCUGCAUCUGCAUCUUCCACAAAUCCGGGCCUUGUUGUAAUAAUUCCGACUACGGGGAUGGUAACAUAUUGGGAAUCUAUCUCAUGUGCUGCGACACUCGAACUCGGUCUGAGACGAAAUGGAGUGGAGCUUACAAUCCCUGGAUUAGCAUCUGGGGAAAUAGUCACUCAGCUCGUAAAUGCUGAAUCUGCUGGAUUUUUUCUCGCUUUUAGCAGUGGUAGGACAGCUUACAUGAGUGUAAGAGAUGGUCAAGGACGACCAGCGAUCUCAGUACAGUUCAUAAAAAAUGGUAUCAACUCCAAUCGAGGAGGAUUAUUUAACAGCAUCCGAAAUGUCCUAUCGACCUCAUCUUUAUUGGGAGAUAUAUCAGCAGUUAGAGCCGGACUUAUUGAAAAAAUUGGAGAAAGAGAUGUAGUCGUAGCAACUGCAAGAGGAAGAAUACAGUGCCUAAGAAUACACCGUGGUGGACACGUACACCAUAUUGUGGAAGUAGAAAGUCGUGAACCGCUAUUUCAGUCAUUCCGGGAAUCUUAUCCAGAUAUUAUAGAUGCCUCUUCAGAAUCUUUUGAAUUACUUGACUUCACCUUCAUACCAUGCCUAAAAAAAGUUUCAAAUCCAUCAAAAGAGGAAGAUAAUAUCAGCUUAUUGUUGCUGUAUUUAUUAAAUAACAGUGGUACGAAAUACAUACUCGCGCGAGCAAACAUCCAACGGAACGAGUUGAAGAUAAGCAGUCUACGGAUUAUCAAAUCCUAUGCGUCACCAGUCAAAAGUACAGCAGUCUCCAGACCAAGGCUAUACCUACCCAAACCAUCCUGUAUUGCAUACAUUGUAUUUCAUCAGGCUGUAGUUAUGUUUUCAACCUUUCAAUUACUCGGAAGUAUAGACUCACUGCCUCAAAGUGAUGAAAAUACUUUCAUACAAAAUUUCGACGAUACAAUCGAUUUUAGAAAUGAUCAAAAAGAUGAGAUAAUCGGAUCAGAAGUAGAGGAAUUUGAUUAUUUACCGUCAAUAUAUGAGGAAACCAAAUCUCCUCUCUCCAGUGUCAAAAUUCCUGCCUUGCUUCUCCUAGUACGAGGUACUGGAGUAAUACGAAUUUCGACUGUAGACUUAAAAAAAUUGAUUGAAAGUAAGGGACAGGCACCCAGUGCCAAGACUAAACUUGAGCAGGCUGUUUUCUUUGGAUCAAUGGAAAAAAAUCCUCUUAAUUUCGCCGUCCGACCAGAGCAGCAAUUUACAUACAAGGAAUUCGGAGAAGCAGCACUCAGAUUAAGUGAAGAUAUUCUAGGAUCUAAAUGCAAGUAUUUAUCCUCAGUCGCUGCUUCAAUUGAUCAAAAUUUCCAAAAACGAUCAACAGCCAUGAGGGAGCUCGCUUGCUACUUGCAAAAAAAUAAAAUAGAACUAGACAGGGUAACAAAAUGGAAAUUACUUUGCGACGCCGAAAGGUUGAGAGCUGCGACUCUAGGAUGGAAGAGCCACGAGGCUUUCAUGAGAAGCAAGUCCCUUGGAAACAAGAGAGGUCUAGUGUUAGAAAUUGUCGAGAGUAUGCACGAGAACUUGAAAACUGAGCCGGAUGAAGAGCUGGGUGAAUCUGAUCGUGUUCGCUCCUGGUUUCUCAAAGAUUUGGUUAAUAUUGAAUCAGCCCUGCCAUGGGCCUAUCAAUGUGUAAAGAUAAUUUGGGAAGCUGGUUCAAGGGAUCCUGAAAGUAUUCUUCAGCUUUUAUAUGAGGCAAAUAACUUUGUCGCUGCCAUCUUGAAGGGUGCCUUUGAGUUUAGAACUGCUAAUUUAGGACUUUACGGUCUUUCAUUUGAGCAAUUAAAUGAUGGUAUAUUGACAAAAGGAUACGAAGGUCUCCCAGAAUUUUGGACAUCAACAUUCUACAUCACAGAAAAUUUAGACAAACAAUCUCGACUUGCGACAAUAUUAACCAGUCAAUUAUGGUGUGAUCAAGAAGCAAAAUUCAAAAAUAGGGAACUUCUUGAGAAUACUAGAAGAGAUUUAUAUAGUCUCUUUGAUGUCAUGAUCCUCUCAAAAACAGAACGUAUUAGAUGGCUCUCAGCUCAACAAGAUCCUGUGCUUCAGAGAAAGGCAGAAGAUAUGAAAGAGAGCCAACAAAAAUGUGAGAACGAAUGUAUCUCCGCCUUAGCAUCAUCUCUUGAGCUUCCAGACGAAGCAAUUGACCUAGCUGAAAGACAUCAAAUUCUCACCGCACUCGCCUCUAUUUUAAAAUUAGAUCUUGAAGCUUGUAGGCACUCAAUUAAAAAGGCAUACUCUGCCCAGGAUUUAGAAGUAUUUAGGGACAGAAAGAUAUUUAUUGAGGAUCGAAUGAACCAUCUAUUUGUCAAGUUUGGCAUGAGAUGGGCAACAGCGUUAUGGGAGAAUUAUUUAGCUCGUGGUGCGGUAGAUGAGCUUCUUGAUUCAUGGCCAGAGCAACAGACAUAUCUGACAUCAUUUCUAAGAAGUAAGAAUGAAUAUACAAAAAUAUCUUGGAUAAACGAUGUCACACGAGAGAAAGACCUUUGUCACGCGUCAAAGUCGCUUAUACGACUUGGAACCCAACAGGAUCAAGAUUUGUGGAGCAAGAAGAUAAUCUUGAGCAUCGGAAAACUAGCCCUUUCUGCGGUUGAAACCCAUAAUGACGCAGGCACAAAAGCCUCUCAUCUAGCGUUGACGAAUCAACAACUUGGCCUAACUAGAAUCCAAGAGGCGAUAUAUAACUCUAUUCUGCCCGCGAUCGACAGCGCAAUUGAUGAUAACGCUGAAGUUCACCUAUUGCUUGAGUCCUAUGGGAAUGAAGCUCUUGAAAAGCAACCUAAAUUCAAGUCUCAACUUGUGAAGGGAUUUUCCAGCCUCAUUAAACACGAGACUAUGAGUGCUCUAGAUCUAGUGGACCUAUUAACUCUUAUGGAUACUGGACACUAUCAAGAAGGUGGUCCUCUGUUAAGAACUCAGCAAUUCUAUCUUGCUCUAAAGGCAGCUUCUCUCGGGCCUCUUAAGAUAGAUCAAAAUUUGACUCAACGUAUUAUAUGGCGAAGAUGUAUGUUAAGAGACAAUUGGGCUGAGAUAAAUAAUACCGACAUGAAAGAUGAUGAUGAAGUUAUGGCACAAUCCAGGGCUACAACCCUUUAUCAAACCCUAAUCACUUGCUUUGAAUUCCGAUUAUUUGAUAAAGGUUCUGAUAUAAAGCCAAUAAGUCCGUGCGAAGUAUUAGGCGCAGGACUUGAGGGUUUAGAUGAACGGUUCACAAGAUUAGAUAAUAGUUUAAGGGAGGAUAUCAUGAGAGAAAUGCAGAUUGAAGAUGACGCCUUACGACGACUUAUUGAAACUUCUCGUUUUGAUCAGUGGCACGCUACAGUUCUUGAGCUAGCACAGCAUGACCGAGAUCAAGAGAAAGAGGAGAAAAUUAAGGACAAACAAAGAAUUCAGGAUGCCUCGGAAGAGCUCACUAGAAUGGAAGGAAUCAUUAGGGAAAACGAGAAGAAAAAGGCAGAGAAUCUAUUGUACGCCAAGUCUCGGCCUAAAUCUAAGACCAAACCGUCAAUUUCUACGUCAAAUAUUUCCCAGAUUAUCCAAAAAUACUGA